UCCCCAUCGGCCAUCUUCCGCAAAGAAAACCUAGCCUCUGCCGUGGAUCCACUAACCUAACCGCCAUGUCGGGCAGUGGUUCUAGCUUGCCGCCCGGCUGCCUGCUGCACCGCCGCGUGCGCACCGACUUCGACGACAACGACCAGGAAGACCUCAUCGCCCUGCAGCCGUUCAAGAUUCUGAGAUGCGUCAAGAAGGCGGCGUCUGGGUUCUCGCCCCAGCUGCAGUCCCACGCCGACGAGGUGGUCCAGAGCAUGGACAUUGGGGUGCACCUCGCCAACGAGCCGCCAGGGAUCUCUUGCCUGGGCCUACGAGGCGGCAGCCCACUGACCAACAUCGAAGCCGUCGACAAAGGCGUCGUCGUCAUCACGACGACCUUCCUCCACGACUUCAGCCGCAUGCUCUAUCUCGUCUACGACGCCGUCAAUGGGUCGCUCCACAUGAUCCCGGCGCCGGAAAGCCCCUGCUGGAGGUUCACGGGCCUCACCAUUCGCAUGCUCAUCGCGCGGCCACGCCAUGGUGGGGACUAUGCCCUAGUCCUCGCGGGCAAGUUGGCGGACGACGCCGGUGGUGGAGAGGAGCAAGAUGCUCUCCUGCUGUGGCGGCCCGCCUCCUCGUCCUUGCCGCCAUGGUCUGAGGUCAAGAAGGCUACAUUCCCAAACAAGUCUUGCGUCGACAUGCGUGUGUUCCAACCCGACGUGGUAUUUUCGUUCGACGGCAUCGGCUACUGGGUGGACCUCCUGCGUGGCGUCACGUACUGCCUCUUGGACACCCUAUUCAACAACGACGGUGAUGACGACCCUGUGCUGGAGUUUGGCUUCUUUCCAUUGCCCCCAGAGUUGCCCGGAGCAGAUCACCGACGCAGCAACUCCCGGGUGGCGCAUCUGGAAGCCUACCGCACCAUGCACAUCGUCCAGGACUCCAUCAUCAAGUUGGUCUCCAUCGACGGCUUCCUCGAGCACGUCGACCUCAAGGACCGCACCGUGACGGUGUGGAGACUGUUGGACCCUGACAUGGGGUGGGAGAAAGAGUAUGAGCUCCGCCUCGAGACCCUCUGGGGACUCGAUGGAUUCCGCGACCUCCCAAAGGACAUAUCCCCCAUGUACCCUCUUUUGAGUACAGACGAUCAUGACAUUGUCUACAUCGCGCUCGGCGAGUGCCGCGAGAGCCGGAGAAUAUGGAAGUUCAUCCCAAAAUGUGCACACUAUUUGCUCGCGAUCAACAUGCGAAAUAACACCAUCCAGGCCUCCACAUGUCUUGCGGACUAUUUUGGCAGCCUUGACAUCAACCACGUCAUCUCUUGUGAUUUCAGCCGGUAUAUUUGCGUCGUGGGCCUUGAUCUCUAUAUAAUGAUGACAGAGACGAUGAGACAGAUGUCCUUGACAUCUUUGGACCCCUUUGACUAUGACGAAGCAGAGGCUACAAAGAUGAUGAAGGAGGGGCCAAGGAGCUGGCGAGAGACCUUGAAGGAUGAAGAUAGAUUUCCCCUUCCACUUCCAGCUCAUUACUAUUUGCAGCCAUCUCUGGCAAGAUUAGCCCAACAAGUUCUUCCUGACUUGGUUUGAACUUCUGUGAAUGAUGAUCAUCAUGAUCAUGAUUCAGGUCCAUUUAUUACCAGGAACUAGAAUCAUUUUAUCCA